CGGGAUCGAACGAUGGCGCCAGAUCGCCGAUGCAGCGGCGAUGUGGCUCGUUAGGCAGCCCGAUUCUCUCCGAGAUAGCGGUGUCGAAUGCAUCGCCGACGUCGCCGAUGCAUUGCGGCUGUAUCGGCGAUGCGACGCGGUCCUCCAACCCCAUCCAGUCGGACCCCAACUUGGGAGCCCCCCACUGCAGUGGCCGCUUUCGGACCCUGGACCCGUCCAAGAACCAGACGGGACGAAAGACAGACCCCGGGGAAUGGCUCGGAAGAUGAGAAAAGCAUGCCGGAGGUCUGGGAAGGCGUAUUGGACAUCGGAGAUGAAGUGCAUCUACAGGUUCGACCAGAAAGACAGAGUGCUCUGCUGCGUCGGCGACCGGUGGCUUCCGGGGACCGUCCUCAGCACCUGCGUGGAUGACCCCGAGGACCCAGGUGGAGAGCGCAUCCCGUACGUGGUGAAGACGGACGCGCUGCCCGGCUUCGAUGGCAAGACGAUCUCGGCGCCUUGCGACCAUGACGGGACCAUCUGCCGCGAGAGGUGUUGGCACGAGGAGACCGAGCCGGAGCUCGCCAAGUGGUCGGCCCCGGUUUUGCCGCCGCGCCUGCGGAAGCCUCUGAGGUUCGCGCUCGGCGACGCGGUGGCCAUCAGGAUAUGGGACCACGACGACGGCCGCGAACACUGGGCGCGCGGCAUCGUGACCGCGGUCUGGCACCCACUGCCCGGCCCACAUGACGCGGAGGGCCUCUUCGCUUCGGGGGAGGCCGUGCCGUACAGGGUGCAGGUGGAGGGCGAAGGGUCUUACCUCUGCGUCCGGGACGAGCACACGCUGAUCCGGAGGCCGGAGAACGCGCCGAGAACGCCAGGGAUUGGCAUAUCCAAACGUUUCGAGAAGCGGAAGUUGAAAGACGGCACCGUGGAAAAUUUCGAUCACUUGACCCUCCGCGGGAGGGUCGUGCAGGACCACGGCAUGGACAAAUUGUUGUAGCAGCUUGUUCGAGAUAAACUUUUUUGCGGCGUGAUCGUGGUUCCCGUCCCCCCAUUGUGCACUCUCGCGCCGCGCCUUGGCAGCGCCUGCCCGCGCCAGUUCGCUCUACUGGCAGCUACGGGUCUCCUGUACAGAGCGCCCGAGGGGUGGCUUCUUUUUAGUUGCGGCGCAGCGGUGGCCCGGGCUGGCUUCUCUAGGUCGGCAGAUACGGGCAUCCAGUACAGAGCGCCCGAGGGGUGUGUUUUUUUGUUCAGCCCUGCUCAGGACGGGAUGCCGAAGCGGGCUUGGGAGCGGACGCUCGAGGACCAAAAAAGUUGUUCGUGCGUGCGUGCUCCCUGGCUCUUUAAGCCCGCUCCUCUGUGAUUCUCUUCGCAGUUCAACGAUGCCAGCGUGGGUCCUACAGAAG